AUGUUAAAGCGUAAACUGCCGAAGGAUUGGAUUACUGUCAAUUCUAAAAGUCAUCCGGACAGAGUGUAUUACUUUAAUGUGAAAACAAAUAAAUCUUCGUGGAUUCAACCAACAUUGGACGAGGCCAGCAAAACAUCUUUAGUAAAUGAAUGUAAAAUUCACGAAGAAGAGGUUCAUCGCAGUGCAAUGACACCUGAGCGCAAUGUUGAGAAAAAGGAAAUAUCCAAUCGACGACGUUCGUAUGAUAAAAUCUUGGACACCCCGCAAAUGAAGGCCCUUAAAGCAAAGGUGCUGCAGAGAUUAGAAGCCAGGAAUAAGUCUUCUCCCUCGUCGUUAGAAGUUUCAUAUGCAAGGACAGUGGAAACUAAGAGAAGGAGUUUUCCUCCAAGAAACUCCUUUUCAAAGUUAAGGGAUGAUACAUCAGUAACAUCUCGAGACAAGAAUGAUAAUGAAGUCACAUUCACACCACAAAUUGGACUUUCCGAUGGUAUAGACGUUGUCGACCACUCGCGAAACGUCGAAGCCAGGGAAGCCGAGACGACUGAGAUGAAAAUCUCGUGCGUUCAAGAUAUGAUUUCGUCGUUGCAGAAACCCGAAUCUUUCGGCAAGACAGCAUCGCCGAUAGACGAAGGUAGAGACUCAAAGUAUCCUGACGAAUGGCUAACAGAUCAAAACAGAUCGUUAAGGUACUUCGAUCCUCCCAAGAUGUCGGAAAUCUGUCAAGUAUCACCGAUUUGCGAGUUAGCGACCUCGCCAGUUCGUAGGGAACCUUUUUUUCUAAACGAGGAACUUCAUCGCUCGGCUUUUGAUACGAUCGAAGGGUCCUGCAGAAACGGCGCCGUCAUCCGGGAAUCCGAUCGAUCCGACCAAUCGAGGCUGAUGUUCGGCCGUAGCCUGUCGAACGAGAGCGAGCCGUACGACGAUCCGUACGAGUCGAAGGAGUUGCGUGCGGCACAUUCCGACGUAACGAACAAGUUAAUCAGAACGAUAUCGGAGGAGUCGCUGCCGCGGGAGAUGCUGGAGGGGGUCGACGAGGAGAUGGUCGACUUCUUCGACGAGAAGCUGGCCAAGGACGCGACGAAUAAAUUGAAGAAGGAUUGCCAGGAUCAGCUGGUAAAAACGCCACCGCCGAGCCCGGAGCCAAAGAUCAAAGCCCAAAUCCUGGAUAACGAUCAUUCGGCCUUGCUGAAGGUUCUGAAUGACGAGGCGGCCGACGGAAGUAAUCUCAGCUCGAUGACGCCGAGCCUCACCGAGCUCGAAGCAGCGCUUUCGGAUAUGUUGGAGAAGGAGGAUCAGCCCGACGAAAUUAUGAAACGAGAGAACGCGAGCGAGGAAUGCAAAUCGACGCCCGUGGAGAAGCUUCUCGAGCCGGAAAUCAUACCCGUGGAGAAGCGCAACGCAAUCGACAGAAGCGUGUCGGAUCAAUGUCGUUCAAUUAAUGAUGACAUUCUAGUCGAUGGUAUGCCUGAGAAUAAGACAGAUCGGUUGUCUUUGGAACAACUCCACGGAGACUCGACGUCGACAUCGAAGAAAAGAAAGGUGUCCUUCUGCAGCUGGGAAGAGAAGGUCAUGCUGGACGUCGAUUUGAAAAAUGACGAGGCAUCGCCGCGCAACAAAGUGCCAGAAAAUUUAGACGAGGCGACGACUCCUAAUUUAAAAGAUUCUGUCGUUAAGUCGGAACUAGGAUCGAGCUCUGACUUUUUCGAAAGCGUCGCAGGUGAUACGAAGGAUAGCGCGAGCUCUGUAGGAGAAACAUCUGAGAAACCUACCAGAUUGAUACAAAAUUUGGAAGACGUAACGGAGGAUUUGUUGGAGCAAAUCCCUACGCCGCCACGAAGGAAGAAUAAAAGUUUGGGUAUUACGAAAGAGUCAGUCAGGAGUAUAGACAAUUAUCACGAAAAUCCUGAUUCUGGUCCCAAUGACAGACUCAUUUAAUAAGAUUACGUGAUAUCGUAAUCUUUCCGCUGUUGUGUGAUCGUGCGCGAUAAUAUGAUCCUACAACUUUGUGCCACAUGAAUUGUUAAUAUUAAUUGUUAAUAUUGUUUAAUACAUUAAUUCAUUAUCGCUAUAAGCUAAUAACCAUGUAAUUAAUAAUAAUAAAAAAGAAAAAAGUAUAACAUA